UACCACUUAGACAUGAGAUAGGGCUGGUUGCCAGCAGUAAUGGUCGCUUGUUGUCCCUGGUUACUUAUGACGGUAUCUUCUCACAGUGUACAGGGUGAUGGCGGUUUGAGCACGUGGAAGUCCAACAGUUCACUAUCCCUGGGGACGUCCAUCUCACACGGGAAAAUGGAUGAUGGAGAAUCGUCUACACAGCAGACCCCGGUCAUCAAAGCGGGAUGGCUGGACAAGAACCCACCACAGGGGCCGUACAGAUUCCAGAGGCGAUGGGUGAAGCUGGACGUGGACUAUCUCCGCUACUACGACAGUGACGAGGACAUGUACUCAAAGCGAAUCAUCAAGACCAACUUCAUAGAGAAGGUGACCUCCACCGGGGACCAGAAAUUCGAGGUCACAACAUCUAACCGCAACUUUGUGUUUCGAGCCGAGAGCGAUGCGGAGAGGAAUGAUUGGAUAAAGGUGAUCCAGCAGGUCCUGGUGGACAGGAGGUCCAGACCCAUCAGCACCUCACUAUACGGCUCUGAGAUGGUGGACAAGUGUGGGCACCUGGAGAGGAAGGGCUGGAAGCCAAAGCUGUUUGUGGUUGUGGCCGCAGAUAAAGUUUAUCUGUACAAGAAUGGAGAGGACUUUGUGUCAGGUGUGGGGAUCACCUCUAUUGACAUGAACCUUGGCAGUGUAAAGGAGGUGGACAAGAAGAGUUUUGACCUGGCCACGCCUUACGGAACGUUCAGUUUUAUUGCAGAUAAUGAACAGGAGAAGAGUGAGUGGGUGGAAGCCAUGAUGCAGUCAGUCGCCUGCGCUCUAUCCAACUUCGAAGUAGCCCAGAAAAUAUGGUCAGUGGAAUCCAACAGACUAUGUGCCGACUGCAAGUGCCCCAAACCGGACUGGGCCUCCGUCAACCUGUGCGUGGUCAUCUGUAAAAAGUGCGCAGGUGAGAAAAUACACUGCGGAAAAUAG